UGGGAAUAAAACGACGUAGCUCAAAGAACCCAAUAUAAAAUACAUCUUAUAUUAACCCUAGGGUUCCUGAUUCGGCUCUAUCGAUAACUCGCGCCUCUGUCUAAGACCUUCGUUCAUCCAACCGAUCUCAUGGCUCCAAAGAAGGAUAAGGCUCCUCCACCUUCCUCCAAGCCAGCCAAAUCUGGUGGCGGCAAGCAGAAGAAGAAGAAGUGGAGCAAGGGAAAGCAAAAGGAGAAGGUGAAUAACAUGGUGCUCUUUGAUCAGGCUACCUAUGACAAGCUCAUAUCUGAAGCACCCAAAUACAAGCUCAUCACUCCUUCAGUUCUCUCUGAUCGUUUGAGGGUUAAUGGUUCUCUUGCAAGGAAGGCUAUUAGAGAUUUGAUGGCUAGAGGUUUAAUCAGGAUGGUAUCUUCCCAUUCAAGUCAGCAGAUUUACACCAGGGCUACAAACACCUAAGUGUAGUACCGAUCAUAAUUUGCAUGCAGUGUUGGUAGAAUUAGCUAUGUAUUGUUCUUUUAAACUUUGAGAUGCACAUUUUGCCAGCUUGUAUCAGUUUUGGCAUCUAUCUAUUAUCGUUUUUGGUAUUCUGGCAGUUCUUUUCUUCUUGUUUUAUUUAGGUUAAUUACUGUUGAUUGAGAUUCAUUUUGAAAGAGAAAUCUGGACACAGACCAUAUAUUUUUCCGGUUUGAGUUUUAAAAAUUGUUUUUCUCUCCUA